UAUCUGUGCGCUGGGGCAGAUAAAAGCCGCAUCAUCGGCCGCUGCCGCUCACAUCCCCCCACCGGGACAGCAGUUACCUGUUGGUGGUGUGAGGGCGGCGUGCAGGCACAGUGAGGUGCAAAGGUCGGUGGGCAGCUGAUCGGAGAUGCCGGUGCAAAUCCCGGACGACUCGGACUUCUGUUCGUUCAGAGAGCAGUGCCUGAGCACGGAGGGCUGGACCAGCCGCUACAGCAAGGGAGGGGUGACGGUGUGGGGGCGCGAGGAGGACAGCAGCACCGUGCAGAAGCUCAAGAUGAGGAUAGUCUGUAAGGACGUGACAGCAGAGACAUUGUACGACGUCCUCCAUGACACCAGCUACCGGAAGAAGUGGGACACCAACAUGAUCGAUACGUAUGACAUCGGCAGGCUGACAGUCAACGCAGACGUGGGAUAUUACUCCUGGAAAUGCCCGAGCCCGCUGAAAAACAGAGACUUUGUGACGAUGAGAUCUUGGCUUCCACUCGGCAACGACUACAUGAUCAUCAACUACUCGGUCAAACACUCGAAAUAUCCUCCAAAGAAGGACUACGUCCGAGCCGUCUCUCUGCUCACGGGGUACCUGAUCCAGUCCAACGGAGCCACCAGCUCCACCCUCUACUACCUGACUCAGGUGGACCCCAGAGGUUCUUUACCAAAGUGGGUGGUGAACAGGGUUUCCCAGUUUGUAGCUCCAAAGGCUAUGAGGAAGAUCUACAAGGCUUCUGUAAAGUACCCGGAGUGGAAGAGGAAACACAACCCGGGCCUGAAGCCAUGGAUUUUCCCAGAGCAGAACACGCUGCCGUGCAUCAGCGUGUCAGAGCUGACGGUGCAGCGAGCCGACUCUCUGGAGAACAUCGACGAGAGCGGCUUGAGCGAGGAGAAGACGCAGCAGAGUGACGAUGAGGAGCCUUAAAGAUGGCGGACUCUGUCUGGUUUACUGUUUGUUGGUUUGUUUGAUCAGGUAAACUCAUGCUGGACACCUUUCUGACUGCAGCUGCGCUCGCUUUGCUGGGUCUCACAAACCUUUUCACAACCUUCUGAAAACCUUCUCUCAGCUCACAGUAAUUGGACGGAAUCGGUUUCAUGGCAGCUACAAACAUGAGACCGCCCUCACAGCUGUUUCCAGGUGUUCUGAGAAGGCCUCCGCUCACAUUGAAGGUGGCUGGAGUUUCAUCUAAUCUUUUCUUCAAUUGUAUUUGUGUUGCAGUGAGACAAAGAGCGUGCAGCAGAAACUCGUCUGUGAAUCUACUUCCUGCAGUCUGUUUAGAAGCUAAAGACAUUCAGUGUUAGCCUCCUAACAACAUCCACUUCCUGUUUGGGUGGGGGUUCGGUUCAGGUGGGUGUGGAUUUCUUCUUUACCCCACUCAUAGAGAGUUUCUAACAGAACAACUGUGCAAUGUCUGUAAGAGUUGAUCAGAAAGGUGAAAGCUCUGUUUUCAUCAUGUGGGUAAAAAAGUAACCAAACUCUAAUCACGGUUCUGAGAGGGUCGCUGUGUGCAGGUGGAUGUUCAGAGUUUAAAUAAUAAUAGUAAUGAUCUGUUGAUUUUUUGGGGGGGCUCUGUGCUGAGUAUUUAAAGUCUGCAAUUUGUGUGGGACAGAAGCCACAUGAAUCUUCUGCAGGUUCUCAGAUUUGUUUUCCUGGAUGUUUAACCUGAGCAAUAAAACCACAUUAAAUCAG